CCUUUCACCUUUGAUAAGGAACGCCUAGAAAAUUGUUUAAUUCACGAUCGAUAUGAUGUACACUCGAACCAUGGUCGCAUCAAUGGCGGCACUGGCCACAUUUGCUGAUGCCGCUUGUGAUAUCACGCUUUCGCUCUUAGAAGACGUUGACUACGGCCCAAAUGUGCCUGCGAAUGGAGCCGACCUCCCCGCGGUCAUAAUCACAAAUGCCCGUGCGGGAGAUACGCUUGGUGGACCAGCUACUGCAGAUUCAAAGUGUGUGUACUACUACAGGCCUGAUUCAGAGCAGCUAGCAACUAAUGCCUCAUACGAUGGUUUAUCUCAGUUUGUAGGUCCUGAUUGGCCAUAUGUGGAGACUGAUAUGGGGUGUGCGGUUAGCUUCGACGAUUCGGUGCCAGAGGAUUCUAUCUUCCGAAUGGACGGCUAUGUUACCGUUUCUGUCUAUGAGGGUGUAUUGUUCGGUGGUCUGCCUACCUAUUUCUGGCCUGAUGACACUGCGGGAGUAGGACCUACUAUGGAGGGUCUUACAUGCGUGUGCAAUUUCGGACCCUGGUCUUCAGUCGAUGAGACAGGGCAAGGUGCACACUUCGAGGUCGAACAAAGCCUUCCCGAGAUGGAAAGUGAUAGAAUCGAUACAGUUGCCUCCGAAGAGGCCUCCGUUGCCGAACCAACCUGUGCUAUCAUGCUGUCGCUACUAGAAAAUAUCGACUACGGCUCGAAUGUGCCUGCGAACGGGGCAGACCUCCCCGCGAUCAUAAUCACAAACGCCCGUGCCGGUGAUACGCUUGGUGGACCAGCAACAACAGAUUCAAAGUGUGUAUACUACUAUGAGCCCGACUCGAUCCAGCUAGCAACGAACGUUUCGUAUGAUGGCAUGGCCCAAUUUGUAGGUCCUAAUUGGCCGUAUGUGGAGACAGACGCAGGUUGUGCAGUUAGCUUCGACGAUUCGGUUCCAGCGGAUUCUAUCUUCCGAAUGGACGGAUAUGUUACUAUUUCUGCCUAUGAGGGUGUGUUGUUCGGUGGACUGCCUACCUAUUUCUGGCCUGAUGACACUCCGGGAGUAGGCCCUGCUAUGGAAGGUCUUACGUGCGUAUGUAAUUUCGGACCCUGGUCAUCAGUUGACGAGACUGGUCAAGGUGCACACUUUGAAGUGGAGCAAAAGUACCCAGAGAUAGAAAUGGAUAGUGCUGAUAUGUUAUCCAUGGUGCAAACCGAUGUAGUGACACAGACAGAUGAUGCCAGCAUGACAGAGUUCGAAGUUUAAAUGACACCAGUGAACCGUAUAUAAACAUAUAUAUAUAUAUAUAUAUAUGUGUGUGUGUGUAUCUGACAAUGGUCGCGUGGGCAUGCAACUAUGAGGUGCUCUGUGCUGGAUUACGAAUGCUACCAUCUACCUACUUGCAAACGAGAGAAUGAUGCAAUUUCUACUUAGGAAUGAUCUGACUAUUGGAAUCGGAUUUGAAGGGAACAUCUUUAGCUAGUAUAUUAGAGAAACGACUACUAUCAGUCGUCUUCAUUACCACUAUCCAGCCUACUAGGUCGGAUACUGUAUAGUGUGGGAAUUGGAAUAAAACAAAC